UUUUUUUGUACACAAUUUGUGAUGUAAUUUUUGUCUCAAAAGAUUUCUCUUUCCCUUCCAACAAUGAUUUGGGUGAUCACGUUUUCUACUUUUUCUUUUGAUUGAAAAAAAUAUAUAUGGAAAAGGAAAAAAAAGGAAAAAAAAAAAAAAAAAAGAAAAAAGAAGCUGAAUGAUGCUCUGCAUUAUGCAGUCCAAAAAUUGUCUCCGAAAUCUUUCGUCUUCUUCUUCCUCUCUCCAACUCUGUUUUCUGCUGCACAUCGCCACUGACACCCAACAAAGCCGCUGAAACAGGGGACACCCACCACAAACUUACUUCUACUUCUCACUCCAUUCCUCAUUAUCACACCCUAAAUCAAACUUUUUUUCUUUGAUGGCACUCCUUUCUCUCUGUUCCCAUUCAUGGUUUUGCCCUUAUAGAGCCAUUACAUGAGGAUUCUCUUUCUGGGUCUUUGCGAUGACUACAAUCCAAAACUCCCAUGUCGGCACAAUGGAUGUAGAACAACAACAACAACAACAACAACAGCGGCCUCGCCGGGUUUCCGCCGCUGCUACUGACUCCUCACCGGCCUCCGAUGAUGUGCGGCGGUGCUCGGUCCAAUCCAGGGCUGACAUUAUGGAGGAAGUGGCGGCGGAGAAAAGAAGGGGAUCCUCUGUUUCGGAGUGCUCUGUAGAGAUGGAUCUGGAAUGUGGGUUGGCUGAGAUUAAGGUACAUUUGGCGAAAAUCGAGAGGGAUUUCCGGAUUUGUCAUUUGAGUUUGGAUGCUUCUAAUCAUGAAUCUGGAAUCCCCAUUGAGUUGGGUUGUUCUUGUAAGGAUGAUUUGGCUGCUGCUCAUAAGCAGUGUGCUGAGGCUUGGUUCAAGAUUAAGGGCGACAUCACAUGUGAGAUCUGUGGAUCAAUUGCACACAAUGUCACUGGUACUUAUGAACCCGAUUCAACAGAGCAGCGCAAUGAGUCAAAUGAAGCAACAACAGCAACCACUACAGCUGCUGUCGUGAUGCCACUGCACUCUACAGAGGCUCGGAACUUCUGGCAAGGCCACAGGUUCCUGAAUUUCUUACUUGCCUGCAUGGUUUUCGCCUUCGUAAUAUCAUGGCUAUUUCACUUCAAAAUACCAUCAUAAUCACGAAAAACUACACCUGAAAAGUAGCAGCAAAAGAUAGUCGAAAAGCUUCGCCGUGCUCUCUUCAUUCUGUAAUGCUGCCAUUGAAAUGAACUCGAAAGAUCGACUAUAUCGUACCAUUACCGGCUCAGGAUUGUGAUUACCAAUAUUCUGUUAAUAUAUAUUAAUGUUAGAGAACCUUGAAGGAAGAGUUUGGCCUUGUAACUUGUAAGAUGUAUAAUGAAACUGUCUGUUAGUUUAUAUUGUAUUAUUGGGCUCAGCCUAGCUGGAUUGGCCGUCUCAAUUGUUUGUGCUGUUUGUCCCUUGCCGUUUCAUUGUGGAUAAUUCUCUGUUGAGAUUC